UGUCGUGGACUACUACACGUUUUAGGAGUUUGUACAUAACGUGUUGGGCGGCUGACUGAAAACAGACAAGCUGACUGGGGUCAAAGAGACGGUUUGUUAGUACGUUUCUAAAACACUGAAAUGAGAAACUGUGGUUUAAAGAUUUGGGAAUCUGAGGCCGGAGUGUUUAAUUGACAGCGUGAGACGAGAUUGACUUGUAGCUGAUGACUUGUGCAGCAACAUCUGGGCAUCGUGAUGGACUGAAUACUUGGUGGAAGUGUUCGAGCUGCUUUCAGCUCUCAUCAGGAUACUGUUUUAUCUGAAGUUAGUCUCGGAGCGAUUACUGAGAUUUAUGGUUACAAAUCUUUAAAACAGAGGCAUGUGUGUAAUUGUUUUUUUACAGACCGCUUUUAGAAAAGUUUUCGACCCGCUCUCCUCCCGCCAACAGCAGCAUACAAUUUUGGCUUGUCUCCUGGCUUCUGUCCUGAAUUUCUAUGCAGUCUGGAUGUUCAGUUACCCCAGAGAGUCAACUCUUGAUACAGAUGAGUAAUUAUAUAUUGGAGUUAUAGUGAAUUUUAGGAUGAGUGAACAGAAGAGGCAUUAAUGUAAUUCACCUGAAUUCAGUAAAGUGCACUAAAGAAUUUUCUGCUUCAAUGAGCAGCUUUUUGUUUAAACUCCAGCAACGUCUGUCCAGAUGUGUCAUUUGUAAUCUGGGCAGUAAUGGGACAUCUUGCAGGAGUGACGGGAACAUGGUUGUAAGGAAGUUUCACAGUCCAACAUGUUCUCAAAAUUCUGAAGCCCGGUUCAACCCUCUCAAAAUUCAAAUGCUCUCCCCGAAUCUCCACAGUCAAAUCUUCAAUGGGUGUAAAGUGAAUCCAACAGAGGAGGAUGUGACUCACAGUAUCUGUCACCUACAGAAGCACGAUCUGUGGGGUCGAGAGACAGCUUUGCUGCCAGAUGUUAACCUUACACUGCCACCGUUUUAUGGUGUAGACAUUGAUAAACAUUUCAGCAUUUUGGCCCAAAAACAGAGUUUUCCUUACCUGAAAGCUGCCAGCCUGUUGCUACAGGAGCUGCCACCUGAGAUGCCAGAGGUAUGGGCAUGGGAAGUAGGCUGGACGCAGUACUGCUCUAGUGGAGAACAGAGGAAGGUGGAUUUCCCUGAUGAGCAAGCACUUGUAUUUGAUGUUGAGGUGUGCCUGGCUGAGGGUCAGUGCCCCACACUUGCUGUAGCUGUGUCCCCUACUGGAUGGUACUCCUGGUGCAGUAAGCGUCUGAUUGAAGAACGUUACACAUGGUCCAGUCAGUUAACGCUAACUGACCUCAUUCCCAUGGAAACGAUGUUAAAUGCUAUUCAACCACCUAAUGGUCAGUGGUGUGAACGACUGGUGGUUGGACACAAUAUCAGCUUUGACAGGGCCUACAUCAAGGAACAGUAUCUUCUAAAGGGGAGCAAGAUGCGUUUCCUAGACACGUUGAGUAUGCAUAUGGUCAUCUCAGGAUUGACUGGGUUUCAGCGCUCCCUGUGGAUGGCCAACAAGCAUGGCAAGAGACAAGGUCUUCAAGAGGUCAAAGAACACAUCCGGAAGACCGGGAGAAGGAAACAGGGGCUUGAAAACAGCUCUUGGGACUGGGUGAAUAUAAGUAGCAUCAACAACCUGGCAGAUGUUCAUGCUCUUUAUGUAGGAGGUUCACCACUGGAGAAAGAGGCCCGAGAGAUCUUCAUUAAAGGUACCAUGCAUGACAUCAGGAACAGCUUUCAGGAAUUAAUGCGGUACUGUGCAUUGGACGUCUGUGCCACGCAAGAAGUUUUCAGGGAACAGAUGCCACUCUUCAUGGAAAGGUGCCCACAUCCAGUGACAUUUGCAGGAAUGCUGGAAAUGGGUGUUUCCUACCUGCCUGUGAAUCAGAACUGGGGCCGUUACCUAGAGGAGUCACAGAGCACAUUUGAUGAGCUUCAGCGUGAGAUGAAAAAGUCGCUUAUGAAUCUGGCAGAUGAUGCAUGCCAGCUACUUGAAGAUGACAGAUAUAAGGAGGAUCCAUGGCUGUGGGAUUUAGAGUGGGAUGUGAAAGCCUUCAAGCAGAAAAAAACUGCAACAAAGAAAAAAAAAACCCCUAAAAACCAGAAAGAAGCAGGUUGUCCUGAUCAGAGCUAUCCAAGCAACUGGGACCAAGAUCCAGGCCCUCCCAGUGAAGAAGAAGACAUGAAACCACCUGCUUACAGAAUAGCACUGGAGCAUUUAAAAGAGACUGUCCAUUUUCUACCCAAAAAGAGGCAACAUUUGCCAGGUCACCCUGGUUGGUACCGGAAACUCUGUGCCAACUUGUCUGAUUCUAACUGGGCUCCUGGACCAGGUCUCAUAAGUCUUCAGAUGCGAGUGACACCUAAACUAAUGGCUCUGACCUGGGAUGGGUUUCCUCUUCAUUACUCGGACAAACAUGGCUGGGGUUACCUUGUCCCAGGACGGCAAGACAACCUGCAAGAGAUGAACACAGAGGGGCCAUUGUGCCCAUAUGGUGUGAUUGAAGCACUCUAUAACAAUUACCUUAGUCUGAGAGAAAAGAAUCAGUCUGAGAGUUUACACACCCAACUAAAUGGGUUUCUACUGACUGAUGAUGGCUUGUGGCAGAAGAUGGAGGAACUGAGUCAGUCUGAAGCUGCGGAAUCCAGUGUUGAAGAUGAAAGUGAGAAGAAAAAUACUAAAAGAAAGAAUGCAAAGAUUUUAUCUACUGAGUAUUGUUGCACUGAAAGUCAUCCAUCUUAUCAUCAAGGCAUUGGGCCAUACAAUGAUGUUAAUAUCCCUGGAUGUUGGUUUUUUAAGCUUCCUCAUAAGGAUGGUAAUGCCUAUAAUGUGGGUAGCCCUUUUGCAAAAGACUUUCUGUCUAAGAUGGAAGAUGGCACUCUGCAGGCUGGCCUUGGUGGGACAGACGCCACUAGGGCUCUCGAGAUUAACAAGAUGAUUUCUUUUUGGAGAAAUGCACACAAGCGGGUCAGCUCUCAGAUGGUUGUGUGGCUGAGGAAAGGGGAGCUUCUUCGAAAUGUUCAAAAACAUGUAGAUUUUGAUGAAGAGACUCAAUGUGGUGCCAUCUUACCACUGGUUAUCACAGCUGGCACAGUGACACGAAGAGCUGUUGAACCUACUUGGCUGACUGCUAGUAAUGCAAGAAGAGAUCGAGUUGGUAGUGAGCUCAAGGCUAUGGUUCAGGCUCCUCCUGGCUACCACCUUGUUGGCGCUGAUGUUGAUUCUCAGGAGCUGUGGAUAGCGGCCAUCCUGGGGGAUGCAAACUUUGCUGGCAUGCAUGGCUGUACAGCAUUUGGAUGGAUGACCCUGCAAGGAAAGAAAAGCCAAGGGACCGACCUUCAUAGCCGUACAGCAGCGGCAGUUGGGAUAAGCCGUGAGCAAGCAAAAAUAUUCAACUAUGGUCGGAUUUAUGGAGCCGGGCAACCUUUUGCAGAGCGCCUGCUUAUGCAGUUUAAUCAUCGUCUCACUCCGUCAGAAGCAGCAAGCAAAGCAACGCAGAUGUAUGCCGUAACCAAAGGAGUACGAAGGUACAUGUUAUCUGAAGAGGGCGAGUGGCUGGUGAAGGAGCUUAAUAUUCCUGUAGAAAGAGGUGAUGAUGACACAGUAUCCCUUGAGGAUGUGAAGAACAUAAAGAAGGUGGCAGGAAAAAACUCUCGGCGUUGGCAGUGGGAUAUAAUUGCACGACGAGUUUGGACAGGGGGCACAGAGUCUCAGAUGUUCAACAAGCUGGAAAGCAUUGCCCACUCAACGACUCCAUGCACUCCUGUUUUGGGCUGUCGCAUCAGCAGAGCACUUGAACCCAGUGUAGUGCAUAAUGAGUUUAUCACAAGCAGAGUAAACUGGGUGGUGCAGAGUUCUGCUGUUGACUAUCUUCAUCUGAUGCUUGUCUCAAUGAAGUGGCUUUUUGAAGAUUACAAUAUUGAUGGCCGUUUUUGCAUCAGCAUCCAUGAUGAAGUACGAUAUCUUGUCAGAAGUGAGGAUCGGUAUCGGGCAGCACUUGCCCUCCAGAUUACCAACUUACUCACAAGGAGCAUGUUUGCAUAUAAACUGGGAAUGAACGAUCUGCCACAGUCGGUGGCAUUCUUUAGCACAGUAGAUAUUGACAAAUGUCUGCGGAAAGAAGUGACCAUGGACUGUGCCACUCCGUCCAAUCCUACAGGCAUAGAAAAGAGAUUUGGUAUUGCACAAGGAGAGGCUCUGGAUAUUUAUCAGACCAUUAACAUCACCAAAGGAUCGCUCAACAAAGAAUAAAACAUUUAAAAGGCAAAUAAUGAAUG